ACGUAAAACAACAUGGCGCCUCAGUAGCCACGGUGUCUUCAACGCGGCAACAAUUUUCUUGUUUAAUAUGCGGGACAUUAAUAAAACGCCUUCCGGAAUGUUUAUCUGUUCGUUUCCCGACUGCCAGAAGUCGUACGAUAAAGAGUGGAAGCUUGAUGCGCAUCUGUGUAAACACACCGGAGUGAAACCGUUCGGGUGCGAGUACGCCGGAUGCAGCAAAUCAUUCUGCACUAAAUCUCAUCUGGCUCGUCAUGAGCUCACACACACCGGAGAGAAACCCUUCAGCUGCCUUGAGCACGGAUGCACACAAAGUUUCACCACGAACUUUAACCUGAGGAAACACAUUUCACGCAAACACAAACAGGAAGCCAAGCUCUACACCUGUCCGUUUGAAGGAUGUGGCAGAAGCUUCAAGAAGAACAAUCUGCUGAAGUCUCAUGAAAGCACACACACACACCAGCUCCCGUACCAGUGUACGUAUGAGGGCUGUGACAGACGCUUCCUGAAUCCCAGCAAAAGAAAACGUCAUGAGAAAGUGCACAAGGGUUACACGUGUACAGACUGCUCGUUCCUGGCGAAGAACUGGACUGAACUCACCAAGCACAGGAAAGAGCAUAAAGUGAGGGUGCAGUGUGACGAGUGUAAGAAGAUGUUCAGAGAUCGGUGGUUCCUGAAGCAGCACCAGCACGUUCACUCCGAAUCCCGGCUGGUGUUCCUGUGUCCGAGAGACGGCUGUCGUCGCUCCUACACCACUGCCUUCAACCUGCAGAGCCACAUCCUGUCCUUCCACCAGCAGGAGCGAGCCUUCAGCUGCACACACCCCGGCUGCUCGAAAACCUUCUCCAUGAAGUUAAAACGCAGUAAAACCCCACGGCACUGCAAGUCUUUAAAAACAGAUCAAAGUUUACAGCGUCACUCAGUGGUUCAUGACCCCGAGAGAAAGAAACAGAAGAAACCCCGUCCAACACGAUCGCUUGCGUCUCGUCUGAGUGGCUACAAAGUGCCGAAAAAACCCAGCUCAGAAACCUCAGACCUCAGUGAAUCUCCUAACCCUGUGACCGGCCAAUCAGAUAUGUCCAAAUCGGACCACAAUCAGACGGCAAUCUCAUCAGGACCUGUUAAAGAUGACCUAACAAACCCGGUCGUGUCUGAUGGAUCUGAAACGGUCCGAUCAGAGCCGGGGAUGUCUGAGAGUUCCGUUAUUCUUGUAUUAGAACCUCUUCUGUUUGAGAGUCCAGCUGAUUGUCAGUCAGAAAUCAGGGAAUUUCAUAAUGUUGUAGAAACCAGCCAAUCAGAAUUCAGCCAAUCUCUUUAUCGUCAUGACCAGCCAAUUAAAAUUUCAGAUCAGUAACUGUUUCUGUUCAUGUCGGUAAGAUCUGACCAUCUGAUAACUGACCAGAUCUCUGUGUAUGUCGUCCAGUCAGAUUCCAAUAAAGUAAAAUUACGCAACAUCUUUACCAAUUUUUUUUCUUAUUUAAAAAGAAAAUA